AUGCGUGCCUCCAUCAUCGUCGCUUCCCUCUCGGCCCUUGCCACGGGCGUUGUUGCGGAUACCACCAGCAGCGAGGGCAACCCGGCCACCCAGUACCUGACCGAGACCAACUCCCUGGGCGUCGUGACCGGUCAGCCGUCCGUGGUCACCUCCCAGCCCUCGGUUGUGACGUCCCAGCAGCCCGCAGCUUCCAUCCCCGCUGGUCUGACCUCGCCUGUCGUCACGCCGGCCACCAACACCGGCAGCAGCAGCGGCAGCGCCACUGCUACUGGCUCCAAGAGCGGCUUCACCUCAUCUACGAAGUCUACCUCGGGCACGGGCACCGCCACUGGCACCAGCACCUCGACCGGGACUGACUCGUCGUCUUCCUCCGCCACUGGCUCCUCCUCAAGCAGUGCCUCCAGCUCCAGCUCCUCGGGCGGUGCCGCCAUGGCCACUGCCGGCCCCAUUGGCCUGGCUGGUCUGGCUGCCCUGGCUGCUUUCGCUCUGUAA